AAAAGAAAAUACCGAUGUAACCACGUUAACACGUUUGUCUGCUGGGUCUUCUAAUAACAGAUUUGGUCACGAAUUAUUCCUAGUCUGUGCAAAUUUUAAUACUUGAUCAAUUAAGCCUUUGUUGGCUAGAAGACACCAUUUAAGAAAAAAAAAAUGGAGAAUACUUUUGUUCUUAGCAAACAAAUUCACCAUGAGAGACAGGAGCUUUGCACAAAUCGUCCAAGGUACCGACAAGGGAAGAAACUAACUGCUGUGAAGGUAUAUUCUGUGGUUGAUGAGUCUCAGUAUCUGUUGAUAGACAGAGUGCCUGCCAUAGCUGUAAUGGCUGAACUAGAAACACUGUGUCAAGGGUUCGGAAGCAUUGAAUAUCUGAAACAUUUACCUGAUUAUCCCACUGAAAAAUUUUGUGAAGUGUUUCAGGUUAAGUUUCAUACAAUACAGUCAGCCAGAUUUGCAAAACAUAAAAUGGAUGACAGAAAUUUUUACGGAGGAACACUACAUGUUUGUUAUGCACCAGAGCUCGAGACAUUAAAUGACACUCGUUCCAAGUUAAACAACAGGAGGCAAGAAAUCGAGAACAAACUGAAAGCUCCCCAAAAUCGAAAACAUAAACUGUCAGCAACAUCAACUUCAGCAGAGCAAGUUCAUUGUCCUUCAUUGGUGAUCGAGGAACCUAUAUCUGAUUCAAAUGCCGAGUGCUUUACCACAACCGAACCUCCCAAUUCAGAAGAAUCUCAAAAAGUAACUGUGGUGGGAAAGCAACCUCAACCUGUUUAUGAACCUCCCAAAAAGCGUAUUGUGUAUCAUGUCUCUAGUAAGACGCCUCGUUGAACGUUUACUGAAGGUAACUUAAAGUUAAAAAAAAAAAAACAAUAUCUCUUCCACUUCCAAAUAUGUUCCCAACGCUUUUUUCACCGUGCAAAAAUUUUCCUUUGAUAAGAACCUUCUAUGUUUCAAACGGUAAACGUUCUCCAAAAUAAUAGAGGGAAAUAUCAUAAAA